AUGGCUGCCAUUUCAACGGUGCAAACGAAGACAUUACAGGCGAUCUUUAUGGAGUCAGAAGAGGUAAUACGACAGCUUACGGAGCAAGAAAUCGAAGAAUUCAAAGAGGCUUUCAUGCUAUUCGACAAGGAUGGAAAUGGUACAAUGUCCACAAAGGAAUUGGGUGUCGCCAUGAGAUCACUUGGGCAAAAUCCUACGGAACAGCAAAUUCUGGAGAUAAUUAACGACGUUGACAUCGAUGGUAAUGGCCAAGUGGAAUUUCCUGAAUUCUGUGUGAUGAUGAAGCGAAUAAUGAAGGAGACUGAUUCCGAAAUGAUUCGCGAGGCUUUCCGUGUGUUUGACAAGGAUGGGAACGGAGUGAUAACAGCUAAUGAGUUCAAAUUCUUCAUGGUAAGAUCUUUAUUCCUACAUGACAGUCAGUCGCCUUUUGUGUGUUUUCCACUUUUUUUGUCUCGUAUCAUGACCGUCUAA